AUAAGGGCUAGGAGACAAUGCCCCAGAGAGACCGGGGACGUGACCCUGGGCACAACCGCUAGGAAGCCUAGUUCGUGAGACCCCACUGCCAGCAUCUUUAUGCAGGCGUCCUCAAGUCCUGAUUGUGUACCUGCUACUUUCCGUUUUCAAGUUUUACCCACAUUAGGGUGCGCACGGAGCUGGAUUCUGUCCCUUCUCGGCCCUGGUACCCGAUCGCCCAUACCUGGGGCUGGGCAGGCGUUCCCGGGAGCGCAGGGCUGCCCGGGGCCGAGCCGGGGGAUCCCCAUGGCGCAGCUGCUUGCCCCGGGAAGGCCCUCGGCUCGGCCCGGGUUCGGGAAGCUCGGGGUCGUGAGCUUCGCGGACGUGGCCGUGUACUUCUCCCCGCAGGAGUGGGGCUGUCUGCGGCCCGCGCAGAGAGCCCUGUACCGGGAGGUGAUGCGCGAGACCUACGGCCUCCUGGGCGCGCUCGGAGGCGGAGGCGCCAAGCCAGCGCUCAUCUCCUGGGUGGAGGAAGAGGCCGAACUGUGGGGACCUGGUGCCCAGGAUCCAGAGGUGGCCAAGUGUCCGACGGAAGCAGGCUCAGAUUGCAGACAGGAGGAAAGGAAGAGACCAAGGGAAGAGACUGAGGCAAUCCAGAAGACGCCUCACCCCUCCUUUGCUGGACCCCCUUGCAAAUCGGAGCUGCUGUCCAAGGACCCUCCCCAGGGCCACCCCCCUCUUGGUGUUCACACCACUGUCCCAAGAGCAGAUCGGCGUCAUGGCUGCCGUGUGUGUGGGAAGAGCUUUGCCUGGCGGUCCACAUUGGUGGAGCAUUUGUAUACUCACACAGGUGAAAAGCCGUUCCGUUGCCCGGACUGCAGCAAGCCCUUCGGCCGGGCCUCCUCCCUGAGCAAGCACCGGGCCAUACACCGAGGGGAACGGCCACAUCGCUGUCCUGAGUGUGGCCGGGCCUUCACGCAGCGCUCAGCGCUCACCACCCAUCUCCGCGUCCACACUGGAGAGAAGCCCUACUGCUGUGCGGAUUGUGGGCGCCGCUUCAGCCAGAGCUCUGCGCUCCAUCAGCACCAGCGGGUACACAGUGGCAUGACCCCCUUUCCUUGUGCAGACUGUGGCAGAGCCUUCGCCCAUGCCUCAGAUCUUCGGCGCCACGCGCGCACCCACACGGGUGAAAAGCCUUACUCAUGCCCUGACUGUGGACGCUGCUUCCGCCAGAGCUCUGAAAUGGCAGCCCACAGGCGGACCCACAGUGGCGAGCGCCCCUACCCCUGCCCUCAGUGUGGCAGGUGCUUUGGCCAGAAGUCAGCAGUGGCGAAGCAUCAGUGGGUCCAUCGGCCAGGAGCUAGGGGCCGUAGAGACGGAGAAGCCAGUCAGUUAUCUAUAUCGCUGGCCACAGGCCAAGGGGACCCUGAUCCACCUGUGGGCUUCCGGCACUAUCCAGAGAUAUUCCAGGAGUGCGGGGCGUGGUCUUAAAAGCUCCAAUGUAGAGAGUGAAAUAUACACACUGUUGGAAGCCCAGAGGCUUGAACCUACGGCAUCCUCCGGAAGUCACAGAAGUUCUAGCAAGGGCUGGUCCUGGGGACAAAGUACAGCCUUAUGGGUGGUUACCAGCUGCAUUUGCACACACACUGAUUCCACUGCCCGAGGCUCUGAGUCUGUUGGGUAGGGUGGGAAACCCACUAGAACUCUGAGAAGCAAGGCCCAGAAGGAUUGAGAGGCUUGCAGAGAACCUUGUUUAAUCCAUUGCCUCUUUAGUGCAGAGGCUGAAGUAGAUGGCUCUGUGUGAACUGAGCCAGCCGAAUUUUCAGGGGUUAUUAGUUACUGGUCAAGAGCUGAGUGUGGUGGUAACAAGUGAAAUUAUUUGAGGUUUAAAAGUCAAAGUAUUUCACACACAAAGGAAGGGCCAGGUUUCUAGCUUCUUUUAAAAAAUAAAAAUGCUGGGCGGUGGUGGCGCACGUCUGUAA